AUGUCUGAUCCUUUAUCCCAUAAUUUAUUUAAGGAAUAUCCGCCAACAGAAUUGCAUCAUCAAGGAGUUGAAUGUCUGAUUGCAUGUUAUGAGAAAGGAUUAGAGCGAAUUAAAGCAGUUUAUCGACAAGAAGUUCUAGAAAUAGAAUGCGGAAAUGCACGGGUAAGUGGAUCAAGCAACCAGGCGGAUAAUUUAGAAUCACCAUACAUACCUGAAAGCCAAAAUAAUCCGAUAAAAGUGCCAAAGAAAAAGCGUAGUAAACAAACAACUCCAGAAGAAGAAAAAAUACUUGAAGAGUUGUUGGUUUAUAAAGAAGAACUACCAGACUCGGCUAUUAAUGAGAUUCUUAGUAGGAUUGGAAUAAAGCUAAAGUUAAAGCAGCAUGGAGGUAUCGUAAAUCUAAAGUUAGUGAAUAAUAUAUAA